AUGCAGAGAGUGGCCCUCAGAUCAUCAGCCCUUACAACGGCCCGCCGGGGUGCUAUCCUCUCUCCACGCCGCACAACCAUCCUCCCCCGUAAUGUUGUCAGUGCCCUAAGAUCAUCAAGCCUCUCCACCUCCAGCAGCACCAACAGCAUUAGCAGCAGCAGCAAUAGCAGCAGCAGCAGCAGCAGCUCAGCAGCUCCUACCCCCUCAGACAGCAUCUCGGCCAGUUUGGGUACUAGUAGCAGUCCUUCUCCUCCGUCAUCCUCCCCUCGUCCUGUUGUCUCGCAGCAGCCUCAGCACCAGUCCUUCUCAACCUCCGCCGUAACACCCGCGGCAGCAGCCUCGAAAGAAUCGGAGGAGCCCAAGAAGGUCAUCCUGAUCGAUAACGAGAGCCUCUACACUGGUACCCUACCUGCCGGCGAAAAGGUCUCGAAGGAGGUCGAUAACAGCGGUAGGAAGAUUGUGGAGAUGUUGUCACCGGAGCAGGCUACGGAGAAGCUGAGGAGGAACGAGGAGAGCUACAUCGUCGGCCGGGGACGCGGUGUUUGGAGAUACGAUGUCGUCCAGGUCCCCAGUAACGAUCCCAUCGAGGAUGACCACGAUGAGAAGAUUAUCGAGGUCCCGCAGACGGUUGUCCCAGUUGAGGGGGAGCCAAGCAGCGAUUGGAUGUUUUGGGGCGUGUUUGAUGGGCAUAGCGGCUGGACAACCUCAGCGAAGCUCCGCCAGGCCCUUAUCGUUAUGGUUGCCCGCGAACUAAACGAAACCUACAAAGCUGCCCUCACCGACCCCAGUGACACCGCGCCCACCUCCGAGGCUGUCGAUGCCGCCAUCAAAAAGGGGUUCCUCCGCCUCGACAACGAGAUCGUUAACGAAUCCGUCGAGAAGGUCUUCAAGAAUCCCAGCAAGCUCGUCGCUGCUGAGACUCUCGCCCCCGCACUCUCGGGCUCCUGCGGUCUCCUCGCGUUCUACGAGUCCCACAGCAAGCAGCUUAAAAUCGCUGUUACAGGCGACUCUCGCGCAGUCCUUGGACGCCGAGGCGCGAAUGGAAAGUGGACUGCUACCGCGUUGAGUGAAGACCAGACAGGCUCGAACCGUGAAGAGGAGGCGCGCAUGCGUGCUGAGCACCCAGGUGAAGAGCACGUGAUCAGAAACGGACGUGUAUUGGGAGGUUUGGAGCCAACACGUGCAUUCGGUGAUGCAUUCUACAAGUGGAGCAUCGAUACACAGCUCAAAAUCAAGAAGGAAUUCUUCGGUCGUACCCCAUCUGCCCUGCUCAAGACUCCACCCUACGUUACUGCGGAGCCGGUUGUCACAACCACACAGAUCGAGCCGGAUAAGGGCGAUUUCCUUGUCCUUGCUACUGACGGUCUCUGGGAGAUGUUGACGAACGAGGAGGUCGUUGGCCUUGUUGGUCGCUGGAUUGAGGAGCAGCAGGAAGGUGCUACCAAGAGUGGGAAACCAUGGUUCGGUGGAUUGUUUGGUGGAAAGGAUCAGGGUGCGCUGCCCGUUGAGGGCGAAGCCACCGAUGCGACCGGUCAGAGACAGCCCAUCAGGAUAAGGCAGUGGGGAGUAACGGCGAAGGAGAGCGAGAGGUUCGUGUGGGAGGACCGCAACGCGGCUACACAUGUGGUCAGAAACGCCAUGGGUGGCAAGAACAAGGACCAGUUGUCGGCUUUGUUGACACUUCCGAGCCCGGACGACCUGACUGUCGAAGUCAUCUUCUUCGGCAACGGCACCGACAAGAGCGGCAAAGUCACCAUAAACGAGGAAGCCACCGCAACCAAGAGCAAGGGAGAGAAGGCCGGAGAUGUCAAGGCAAAGCUUUGA